UCCUGAGUUUCUUCUGGGCUGGGGACACCUGCCCUGCCGGGCUCCUGGGUCUGUUUCCUCCUUUUCCCUUCCCCCUCCUCCGUCUCGGGCUCUCUCCUUUCUUCCCUUCUUUUCUCCCCCUCACAGUAGCCUGCGAUGAGAUAGCCACUGGAGGAUCCUGCAGUUUGGGAGCGGGAGCCAGGUCAGCGGCAGCAUAGGCCUGGUUAGGUUCCCCAGGGUCCCAUGGAGAGCAGCCCUGGCCUGGGCUUGUGCUUGGCACUGAGCCUGCAGCUAUUGAGCCCCCGGCCCGUCUUGGCCCAUGUUUCUAGAUAUACUGAGCAUGAAAGCAACACUACCACCCCUUCUACAGCACCACCAGACAGCGGGGGGGCCCUGUCCCAGGGUGCAGUCACUGCCAUCAUCACUGUAUUCUCAGUCCUGGGUAUCCUCCUCCUGGUAGUGGCACUGGUCCUGCUGGGUCGGAAACUUCGAGAGAAACGACAGACAGAGGGCACCUAUCGGCCCAGCAGUGAAGAGCAGUUGUCCCACGCGGCUGAGGCAGCCCCAGGUCCCCAGGACUCGAAGAACAAGGCGUGGGGCUGGGUGUCCUGCUGGGGUUAGAGUGGGUGCCAAAAGUUUGCGCCCCCUUCCCCUUUGUCGGGUGGGGGAAGAGACUUUGGUGGGCACUGAAAGUAAGCACACCUCUCCUCCCUCCCCGGGGCCAUCUUGAUUAACAUUCCACCCUCCCCAUGGCCACUGACUUUCUCAGGACUAAUCUUCCCCUCCCAGUGAAUAAUAAUAGGUAUUUGAACUGAAAGGAGGUACUUGGAAAAGUCUUCCACCCCUUCCUGAAAGCCUUCCCCUUUCUUCCUAUCCCUCUCCCCCUCCACCCUACCACCUUAGGCUACUACCUCCAAUUCCCUAGAACUGCCCCUGGGAAGGGCUGCUUGAUUUGUAUUUUUUAUAAAGAUUCUCUUAAGGCCAAA